UGCAAAUUCAUUUACGGUUCGCAAUCGAACGCAGAUACGUCCAUAGUCUCUGCAGCAGAAAGAAAUCGUUCUUCCUUGCAGAAAGUCCGGAAAAAUAAUCGAUUAAUUGGUGGAAAUGAAAUAUUUGUUGCUUUUGGGUUUGGUAGUUGGUUUGGGGACUGCCUUCGUUUCGGCUGCUAACAAAGACAUUUGUUAUCAGAAGAAAGAAGUUGGACCGUGUCGAGCAAGUCAGCCCCAAUUUUUCUACAAUCCUGAAAUUCAAGAUUGUGAUUUCUUUUUAUAUGGCGGUUGUCGUGGAAAUGAUAACCGCUUUUCUGAUAUUGGCGAAUGUCGUAAAGUUUGUCUGGACUUAGAUACCGGUGGAGAACAGGACAAUGAGGAAAGUGUUAUCUCAGAAGAAAGUGAAGAUGAGACACCAGAAAAGGAGGAUCAAGCAGAGUCUGAAGAUAGUGACAAUGGAAGUGACGACAAAGAUUCAAAAUAAUCACGUCAAUUAAUUAGUGAUUUGCGUGGCCUGCAAUGAUGUAGCGCAGCUUUCGAAAAUAAAAUGCAAUAAUGGUA